GCGCCGCUGUGCUCUGCGGCCAGCGACGUCUUCGACACGAGUCCACAGUAAACACAGAUUGUCGCCACCCUGAGAGCAAGUCAGCUAACGAAAACGUGAGCGGAAAGACACAACUUUGUUGUUGUUCUAGUGAUGUGCUUGUCCCACCUGGCAUAGUGGGAGACUGUAGCUGACCCCCCCCCUCCCCCCAUCCCCUCGCUGUUCCACCCGAAGACCUCCACCAACACCACCUCCUUCCUCGUCCUACAACUCCUCCUUCUCCCUUCGGCCACCCCUGUGAUGCCUCCCUCGUGCUGUGGCUACCUGUCACAGUACACUCAUCAUCAUCUGGUUGCCUUCCUCCUCACCUUCUUUAGCUAUGUGUUGCUGCAUGCAUCACGGAAGACAUUCAGCAAUGUGAAAGUGAGCAUCUCAGCCCAGUGGACCCCAUCCAUCCAGAAUGAUAGUGCACCUGCUUUCUCCCCUGGCAAGACAUGGGAGAACAAUCGUCUGUUUGCAGAUGAAAAGCAGGCCACUCUGUUCCUGGGAGCUCUGGACUCCAUCUUUCUCUUUUCAUAUGCCGUGGGCCUGUAUUUGAGCGGCGUUAUUGGGGACAGAGUAAACCUGCGCUAUGUGCUCUGCUUCGGCCUGUGUGGCUCUGCUGCAGUGGAGUUUGUGUUUGGCACUCUGACAGAAUGGCUCCAGAUCUACAACAUAUAUCUCUACUGUGGCCUAUGGGUGCUGAAUGGGCUGCUGCAGUCAGCCGUCUGGCCGUGCGUGGUGGCCGUCAUGGGCAACUGGUUCGGCAAGACAGGGCGAGGCUUUGUGUUUGGCCUGUGGAGUGCUUGUGCCUCUGUAGGCAACAUCCUGGGGGCCUUCUUAGCUUCUAGUGUGCUCAAGUAUGGAUACGAGUAUGCCUUCCUGGUGACCUCAGUGGUGCAGUUUGCUGGUGGGGUGGUGGUGUUCUUCGGCCUGCUCACCACACCAAAAGAAGUCGGUUUGAGUUUGGAGUCCGAGACUGGACUCAGCCCAGUGGAGAAGGACACGGACAGCCAUAGGCCUCUGAUGAGCGACGAGGAGGAUGAGGUGGAGGUGGAGGUGUAUGGCAAACGAUACCAGUCGGUUCAGCAGCCAGAUGAACCCCUUCCCGAGUCGCCUCAAGCUAUCGGCUUCCUCCAGGCCUUCUGUCUGCCUGGAGUUCUACCUUAUUCAUUGGCUUACGCUUGUCUGAAGUUGGUGAACUACUCCUUCUUCUUUUGGCUUCCUUUCUACUUGAGCAACAACUACGGCUGGAAGGAGGCUGAGGCCGACCGCCUCUCUGUGUGGUACGAUGUUGGAGGAAUCGUCGGAGGAACAGUUCAGGGUCUGAUCUCUGACUUCAUGGGCAAGAGAGCCCCGGUGUUGGCAUUCAGUCUGGCAUUAGCGAUGGGAGCCCUAGUGGGAUACAGCCGCUCGCCUAACGACCAGCUGAUAAACGCCGUGCUGUUGGCAGCCACUGGGUUCUUCAUCGGUGGCCCAUCCAACAUGAUCAGCUCCGCCAUAUCUGCCGACCUGGGGAGACAGGAUGCUCUGAGGGGCAGUCAGGAGGCUCUGGCUACUGUUACUGGUAUAGUGGAUGGAACUGGAAGUAUAGGAGCUGCGGGGGGACAGUACCUGGUGUCCUUGAUUGAGAGCAAGCUGGGCUGGAUGUGUGUGUUCUACUUCUUCAUCGUCAUGACAGGGGGUAGCAUUGUGUUCAUCACACCCUUGCUCCUCAGAGAACUGCGUGCCAUGUGGAGAGACAGACGAGCGCUGCGACGCCAGCUGUGAAAGCCUCAACAUCUGCCGGUCGGAACAUUUCUAUUCUUAUCAAUGACAACACAGCCAGUCUGCUGAGAAACGGCUCCUUUUAGAUGAGUUGUGGGAUGUGUGAAGAUUGGGUGGAUGCUGUUUCUCAGUCAGGAUGGUUAAGAUGACCUAGAAUUUCAUACCCACAACCACCAGCGUAUGUCUAUUAACACCAGUGCGAGCAGGAAGAGGGUCUUUGAGCACAACACUGAGGUUUUAUCCACUCACUAAAAACCUAAAAUGUAAAUGUACACUCCGUGUAGUGAAAAAACAACGAUUCAGAGGUUGAGCUGAAGUGCCUGAUUGGACAAAGCUUGGAGAGGGAACUGGUUGUCAGUCAGACCAGCCUGUGAAUUCAGGCUUUGCACGACCGUCACAGAAUGUACUAGUGUAUAUGUUUAAGGGAUUUAAAUGGAUGUAAAUAUUUUACAUGUAGAUGUACGUGAGUCAAGUUGAAUGAAUUUGAAUUGUAAACUAGGAGUUCUUAAUUUAAAGACCAGGUCCUUUUAGACAAUUUGAGGGUCAGAAUUGCCUAAAGAAUGUGAAUAAUAAAUGUAAUGUAGAAAUGUUUUGUCAGCUUUUGUAGAUAUGUACAAUAUUUAGUUUUUAGUUGAAAUAAUGAAUAUUGCACUCUAGGAUUCUUACAUUGAUUAGACAAAGUCUCAAAGAUUUUAGUGAACCACUUAGAUUUUAACUGGGUUUUUAGAAACUUUCACUUGAUUUCUCCUGUGUACAGUUUUCUGUAAUCAGGGUUAGGAAUUAUACUGUAAGCCCUUUUCAUUAUGGGGACUGGUUCUCUCGAUUGUCAUUCAUUUCAGUCACUGAUUUGAUAUAUCGUUCAUAUUUCACUUCCUGUUCAAUGGAAUGUAUACAAUUUCAGUUUACAGUGUAGUAUAUCUAUUAAAUGAAAACGGUCAUUACAGGAGAGAAAGGUUGUGCCUGUUUCAAGCUUACAGUUUGUUUUGUUUGCUGGGGAUCGUUAAUGUAAAUCUAUCUUGACUUUGUCAGUUAUUAAGUUUUAACUGCCAAUGUAGGUAAAAUACUGUUCUGUUUAUGUCAUUUAUUGAUAUACAGGGUGGGAAAAUGAUCGUACAACUGCCAGCAGUUUGCUAAUUCACAUUUGGACAGUUUGUCUGUAUUACUGACACUUUGUUAACAGGCACAAAAGAUCAAAUGUUCAAGAUCAGUAAAAGAGACUAAAAUUGGUGAUUUUUCCACCCACUAUGGUCAGUUGACACUAAGAGUUGUUUUCACCCUUCUAUGUAGGUACAUGAAUCAUCAUGUAAAGUGCUUUUAACAUCUAGGAAGAGUGAUAUUGGUAUGAGACAGGUUCCUAAUACUAAACUUGCUGAAGUAAACGUUCCUAACACAAUGGAGCUUAAAAUGAGACUUGGACCUCUGGUUUCUCUGAACUUGCAAAGCAAAUGUAAUAGAAUUUAAACUGAAAUGUAUCUGUGGUGAAUUUUUUAUCUAUGUGUACCUUUCAAGUUUUAAAAAGUGUAAAUGCA